AUGGGACACCGCGACCCACUCGAACGCACGCAGAAGCAGCCGAUCCUCGAGGGCAACGGCAUUUUGUACUUUUGCUCGUUCUACGCGUGCCGGGCCAACAACCAGGGCGACCUGUCGUCGUGCUUCCCGGAGGUGCACAACUCGGACUGGGCCCUGCCGCACCACAAGGUUGACGUGUGGAACGACCUCACGGACGACAUCCAGGAGUGCAUCGAGGACGGCUGGAUCGACGCGGACGACGUGAGCGAGCUGGCCAAGCGCCUGACCAAGACGCUGACGACCCGCUCGCACAUCUGCCAGGCCGAAGCCGAACUCGUCAGCUUCUUCCAGACCAUCCACGGCGCGUUCGACGCGAGCGUACAAGACGGCCACUGGGUCUUCUUGCGCCAGAUUGCGAAUGAGCGCUUCUUCUCCGACUGCGACUCGGUCGACGACUUGUACGAAGAGCUGUUUGCCGUCCUGCGCAAGGUCAAGAACCGAUGCGUGUCUCGAAUUGCCUCGUACCAACUCCCGACGACGACGCAGAGGACGCGCAAGUCCCAUGGGUCCCGCCGACCGAGACCGUCUCCCGAGAACGCCGUCGAGGCAGACAAGUAG